GUUUCUGUAUUUGAACAUUCAGGCAGUGUGCCCCUCCAGACAUCCCUGCGUUCACAUCCGGAGCCCUUGGGAGAUCCUGCCCUGUUGCUAAUUGUCGAGAGCUGUCCAGAAUCCUUAUCGUUAAGAUCCUGCUGUGCUCUUGAGGUGUUGCGUUACCUGCACGACGACAGCUCUUACCGGAAUGCUAAGCAGCCGCCGCCGUCAGAGGGAGUAAGGCCAGUGGUGGGAACAGAACCAUCAAGUCAAAGGUUCUGAACCAAACAAAGGUUCUGAAACGACGAGUGAAGAAUCUGAGUUGACUCAAAAGCAGAUCGGUUCCUGCCUCCGGGUGGGACCGAGCCCCAGCCCAUCACCAGCUGGAUGCCGCGGGAAGCACAGAGCCUUCUCAGAGCUGUGGUUCAAGUGGAUGCUGACUGAGUGACCUAAAAUGUGAGCUCGGUGCAGCAGCGGCUCCUCCUAGCAGGCUCGGUGUGCUGCCCGCGGCUCUGUGCAGAGACCUUCUAGCAUGCUCCUCCACCCGGGCCGCUCCGCUGGUGCCAACAGCAGCCGCUCGACCCCAGGGACGCCAGGCUGACUUCGCACCAACUGGGCAUUGGACCUGCAGAGCAGAAGCCGUCUUGGAACCGACCUUCCUUUCUCCAGUGUGUUGGGAUCUUUACAGCAGCCCAUGCCGCAGCGCCUCGCCUAUUCCACCCGAACUGCCCGUGCCACUGGCUUGGACCUAACCUAGGAUAAAUCUCAGCGUGGCCUGGGUAGGGGGGAACCAUGGGGAGCUCUGCCUCAUCGUUGGCCGCAGAGACGGAGUCGGACCAUGGCUUCGCUAGCGCACCCUACCCGGGGCACCCAGCCGUGAGCUGGUAUAGGAGUAGUCACAGUGGCCCUGUUUGGGAAAGUGCCCUUAUAACGCGGCAGCAUCAGCAUUUACACCACCGGGUGCGAAGCCACUCCCACUCUCCCGGCUCCAUGGCUGCUGUCCGCGAGUGGUCCUGCACCCGCUGCACCUUUCUGAACCCCGUCGGCCAGCGGCAGUGCUCCAUAUGCGAAGCCCCCCGCCAGAAGCCCGACCUCAACCACAUCCUGCGGCUCAGCGUGGAGGAACAGAAAUGGGCUUGUGCCCGCUGCACCUUCAGGAACUUUCUGGGCAAGGAAACCUGCGAGGUAUGUGGCUUCACCCCGGAGCCAGGGCCCAGCAGCUCCCCCUUGCCCGUCAUCAACGGCAUCUUGCCCAAGCCUGCCGUGCUUGUGGAGCCCAAGGGCACGUCCAAGGAGGAGACUGCCAAGGCAGAAAGCAGCAGCGAGGACUCGGAGGGGAAGAGCCCCGAUGAAGCGGAGCUGGAGAGCGGCUGGGCUUGCCAGCGCUGCACCCUGCACAACACGCCAGUGGCCAACUCCUGCUCUGCCUGUGGGGGCCCACGCAAGCUCUCCCUGCCCAAGAUCCCACCAGAGGCGCUGGUCGUCCCUGAAGUCAUCACCCCUGCCGGAUUUCACAUGGCCCCCUCUACCCCGCAGCCUUUAGUCUCUGCAGAGAUCUCUGAUGGUGACGCCGUGGCCACCCAGGGCCCAGUCGCUAUGGAACAAGAGGCCCAGAAGAUACCAGCCUUCAGUCCCUUCUCCCCGGGGCUCCAGAACAACCCUGUGCCCCGAAGCCGCCGGGAGGUGCCCCCCCAGCUGCAGAUGCCGGGCCCCGAAGCCGCCCAGCCCGUGGCUCAGAGCGCGGCGGGACAGAAGGGCUCUCCGCAGGGUCAGGCCAGGGCUGCCCCUGCUGCCCGCUUCCAGGAGCUGCUGUCCAACAAGCGGCUGAGCGUGCUGGAGGAGGAGAUGGAGGUCAGUCCAUCCCACUGGAAGUGCAGCUCCUGCUCCCUGCUUAACUCCGCCGGGGCUGGCAAAUGCGACGCUUGCGGCACCCAGAAAGGCAGUGACACCAUCAAUGUGGUGGGGGACUCGGUGAGAUUCACUCCGUGCAGCCCCUCCAGCCCUGACUUCACCACCUGGUCCUGUUCCAAGUGCACCCUGAAGAACCCCACCCUGGCGCAGAAGUGCAAAGCCUGCGGUUCCUCCAAGCUGCACGGCUUCCAGGAACACGGGACGCAGGGCGAGCCGUCCCCCCGCUGCCCCGACUGCGGGGCUUGUGACAAGGGCGGCUGCUCCUCCUGCGGGCCAGGGCCCCGUCACUGCGUGGCCUGCCAUACCGCGCAGCAGUACGUGGCCCAGCGCAAGGGCCUCAAGCCCCUGAAGAGACGGGAGAGCAUGCACGUGGAGAAGAGGCGGCAGACAGACGAGGGAGAGGCCAAAGCCCUGUGGGAAAACAUCGUGACCUUCUGCCGGGAGAACAAAGUCAAUUUUGUAGAUGACAGUUUCCACCCUGGGCCCAAGUCCGUGGGAUUCCCGGAAGGCGACAGCGUGCAGCAGAGGGUGAAACAGUGGCUGCGACCCCACGAAAUCAACUGUAGCAUCUUCAAGGACCGAUCGGUGAAGUGGUCGGUGUUUCGGACACCCAGGCCGUCGGAUAUCCUGCAGGGACUGCUGGGAAACUGCUGGUUCCUGAGUGCCCUGGCCGUGCUGGCCGAGCGGCCGGAGCUGGUGGAGAGGGUGAUGAUCACGAGGACGCUGUGCCCCGAGGGCGCCUACCAGGUGCGGCUGUGCAAGGACGGCACCUGGACCACGGUGCUGGUGGAUGACAUGCUGCCGUGCGAUGAGUGCGGGUACCUCCUCUUCUCGCAGGCCCAGAGGAAGCAGUUGUGGGUCGCCCUCAUUGAGAAGGCGCUGGCCAAGCUUCAUGGUUCGUACUUUGCCCUCCAGGCAGGGCGUGCUAUUGAAGGCCUGGCUACACUAACGGGUGCCCCCUGCGAGAGCCUGAUGCUGCAGGUCAGCUCCACUAACCCUCGCGAGGAGCCCAUUGACACUGACCUCAUCUGGGCCAAAAUGCUGAGUUCUAAGGAGGCUGGGUUCCUCAUGGGCGCAUCCUGUGGUGGAGGCAACAUGAAAGUGGACGAUGUGGCCUACGAGAGUAUGGGUCUGCGUCCACGGCACGCCUACUCCAUCCUAGAUGUGCGGGAUGUCCAAGGCUUCAGGUUACUGCGGCUCCGAAACCCCUGGGGCCGCUUCUCCUGGAACGGCAGCUGGUCCGACGAGUGGCCGCACUGGCCGGCACCCUUGCGUCAUGACCUGAUGCCCCACGGCAGCAGCGAGGGCGUCUUCUGGAUGGAGUACAGCGAUUUCAUUAAGUAUUUUGACUCCGUGGAUAUCUGCAAGCUCCAUUCGGACUGGCACGAAGUGCGUGUGCAGGGCAUGUUCCCCAACAAGGCCAACGGGCCGGUGACGGUGACAUCGCUGACAGUGUUGGAGCGUGCCGCCCUGGAGUUUGCCCUCUUCCAGGAGGGCAGCAGGCGGUCGGACAUGGUGGACAGCCACUUGCUGGAUCUGUGCAUCAUGGUUUUCCGGGCCACCUUCACCAGCGGGAACAAGCUGAGCCUGGGCCGGCUGAUGGCUCACAGCAAACGAGCCGUCAAGAAGUUCGUCAACUGCGACGUCAUGCUGGAGCCGGGCGAGUACGCCGUCGUGUGCUGUGCCUUCAACCACUGGAGUGCCGCCCUGGCAGGCCCUGCCGCUGCCCAGGCAUCCAGUCCCACCAGCAGCCGACCGGCCACCGAUUAUUCCAGCUAUAUCCUGGCCAUCUACAGCUCCCGCCUGGUGAUGGUGGAGCAGGUGGAGGCGCAGCCCACCACGUUGGCGGACGCCAUCAUCCUGCUGACCGAGAACAAGGGCGAGCGCCACGAGGGCCGCGAGGGGAUGACCUGCUACUACUUGACGCAUGGCUGGGCAGGGCUCAUUGUGGUGGUGGAGAACCGGCACCCCAAGUCCUACCUGCACGUCCAGUGCGACUGCACCGACAGCUUCAACGUGGUCUCCACGCGUGGCAGCCUCAAAACGCAGGACAGCGUCCCCCCCCUGCACAGGCAGGUGUUGGUGAUCCUCUCCCAGCUGGAGGGUAACGCCGGCUUCUCCAUCACCCACCGCCUGGCUCACCGCAAAGCCACCCAGGCCUUCCUCAAUGACUGGAUGUCGACAAAGGGCACCCACAACCCGCUGCUCACGCCCGAGGUCGCUGGGCUCCACGGCCCCCGGCCCCUAUGACGAAGCGCCUCCCCCUCCCCGCUCCGCUCCCCUGUUAUUUUCACCGAGCCUCUGGCCUGGGGCCGUCCCCCGAGCUGUCAGCGCUGAGC